AUGUCGAUGGCUCUACGUUCUGCACCACAACAGCCUGAAUAUGACUCGGAGAGGGAAAAGGAAUGCGAGAUAGCCAUCAUUCCAACUUCGAGCUUCGAUUCGAAGCAAGCAUCCGAGCUCGAGAGACCUGGAUGGCCUCGCAACCCAGUUUUCCAUGUUCGACGAUUCUUUUACCUUGAGCUAUAUCGUCCUCCGGCCGCAUACGAAAAUGCGCACAAAUUCGAUCCGAACGCACGGUGGACGUGGCGCGAGGAGACGCGUUUGGUCCGGAAGAUAGACUGCCGUAUCAUGAUCUGGGCGAUCAUCAUGUUCUUCUGCCUGGAUCUCGAUCGUUCGAACCUCUCUCAAGCAAACACCGAUAACUUCCUCCAGGACCUCCAUAUGACAACAGAUGACUACAAUCUAGGUGACUCAUUAGUUCGACUAUGUUACCUGAUUUCCGAGCUGCCGGCGCAAGUGAUCUCCAAGAAAGUUGGCCCGGACAUUUGGGUUCCAUGUCAAGAGGUUGUUCUCUGGAGUCUUACAGGCCUCGGGCAAUUUUGGUUGUCUGGUCGAAGUUCCUUCCUGGCGACGAGGUGUUUGCUCGGCUUGUUGCAAGGAGGUUUUGUUCCCGAUGUCAUUCUCUACCUAUCAUACUUCUACACAACAACCGAACUGCCCAUUCGUCUUGCAUGGUUCUACAUGUCCAACUAUUUCGCGCAGAUUAUUGGCGCCUUUCUAGCUACCGGUAUUCUGCGUCUUGAUGGAGUGGGAGGCAGGGCCGGAUGGCGAUACCUCUUCCUCAUCGAAGGCCUAUUGACGUUAUUCGUCGGGCUUGCUACAUUUCUUAUGAUGUCUCCUGGCCCUACUCAGACGAAGGCUUGGUAUCGACCUAACGGAUGGUUCACUGAGAGGGAAGAGAUUAUCAUGGUUAACCGAGUGCUCCGUGAUGAUCCGACCAAGUCUGACAUGCACAACCGCGAAGGACUCGCGCUCACCAGAUUAAUUCAGAUCUUGAGGGACUGGAAGAUGUGGCCGCUGUAUAUUCUGGGCUUCACUCACAUGAUACCCGUCAACCCUCCACAGACAUACCUGACGCUAUCGCUCCGCAAACUCGGAUUCAACACCGUCCAGGCCAACCUGCUUAGCAUUCCUUCUACCGUGAUCGGUGCGAUCAACCUGCUGAUCUCGUCGUAUCUGAGCGAGACUAUCAACAGCCGCAUUGGUGCUACGAUAAUUUUGCAGUUCUGGGCACUUCCCUUGCUUGUCGCGCUGGAGACUUUUACGAAGAAGACGUCGGAUUGGGUGUAUUAUGCAGUCGUCACCCUGAUUACAGGAUUUCCCUACGUCGUGCCUAUCCAGGUUGCGUGGACGUCCACAAAUUCUGCGAGCGUCAGCACGCGGACGCGUCCAACCGGCUCAUAUGCCUCACAAUCUAAUAUUUACCGGUCUGACGACGCUCUGUUGUACAAGCGAGGCAACAUGGACCUCAUAGCCAUAACUUGCAUGAACAUCUGCCUCUAUAUCUUUACAUUCUUCUUUUAUCGUACAAUCAACAGACGGAGAGACAGAAUAUGGUACUCAAUGACACCUUCAGAGCAAGAGCAUUACUUGAAGACUACUGAAGACGAGGGCAACGCAAAGCUGACGUUCCGUUUUGCAUAUUGA